CCAUUUAAUCGCAUUGCCGGUAGACGCGAUAUUAUUACUCUUUUGUUUUGACCAUUUUCGUUACGCUUACGACACUCUGAUCGUAUUUAAGGUUUACCCUAACAGGCUGAUUUUUAUAUUUAAAAAUAUGAAUAGGUAAUCAUCGAUUUGGAGUGGGGGGUAAAAAUGAUCUGUGUGCGGGAGAGUGGUGCUCGACCGGCUCGAAGGACCAUACAGGAAUGACAAACCAAUUUUUUUCCUAUAAAUAAAAAGAGGAGAUACGAUGGGGCAAGAGAUUGAAAUAACCAGAUAGAUGUUACAAGUAAUAAAUUAAAAAUGGAGUCAUCGUCAUUAAUGCAAAGAUCUAGUAAAUUGCCCAACCAAAAAUUAAAAUCUUUUCGGUUAAACGUUAAAAACCAUCCAUCUAGAUCUAAAAAUAGUGUAACAAAAAAUAGUAAUAUUCAUCACAACCACCAGCACCACAGUCUAGGAUCACAUUUUCGAAAUAGGCACAUAUCACGCGCCCGCAGCAGUAAAAAAUACAGUAAAGUUAACGGGAAUGGAUUUAAAGAUUCUGCAAGAAACAACAGUUAUAUUGAUAAGACUGAUGGUCAAGUAACAUCACUGUUCGGAUAUGAUAAUACAGAGCACGAGAAAAAUCAAAACGAUCUUGCCAUUUCUAAAGAGGAUGUUUUAGUGGGAAAUUUUACUAGGGAAGUUUACAACGCAAUAUGCCUUCGAUUAGGAGACACAUUACACAUACCCGAAGAUUCGGUAAAGGCACUCUUCAACGAUAUGCAUUUGUUCCCUUCUGACACACAAGUCACUAAGAUGCUCCAGUGUGCAAGACAAUACAGUAGAAGAAAUGGCACUAAUCCAAAUUAUCUUACUUUUGGUGAAUUCUGUGUUUUUGUCAGGGAAAUGCAGAAUCACCCCAGUCCGAAGGUACACCGGAAAACAUCACAACCAAAAAUAAACAAUAACAAAUGUCCAAACAACAAAUGUGAGGUUUUCUUGGGAGGCUCAUGUAAUCCAACAACAUGGAGAGCAGACACAGCUAUUCCAGCCUUACAAAAACAAGGCAUUAGUUAUUAUAACCCACAAGUGUCUAUGUGGGCUCCAGAGCUCGUAGCUCAAGAGCAUGAUGCCAAACAAGCAGCUUCAGUUCUACUUUUUGUCAUAGACAGUCAAACAAGGAGUACAGUAGGAAUGGUGGAAGUAGCCUAUUUAGUUGCCUGUGGCAGAUGUGUGAUAGUUGUUGCCCAACCUUAUAGAAAAGAACAGAGUAUUAUGGGAGAAGUCAUUACGGAAAAGGAGUAUUAUAACCUAGUACAAGGACAAAGAGCACUUCUAGAUCUGAUUAAAACCAAAGGAGUGCAAAUACAUAACAGUUUGCCAACUGCUCUACAGUGCACUGCAGAUAUUGUAAAAAAUAUCUUUGUGAAUGGUACCACUGCAGAAGAACAAGUUACUGCUAAACUAAGACCGCGAUCCCAGAAGCAGCACCACCACCUAAAAAGCGAUAAUUUUUUCCACAGACGACUGCGCGAAGUCUACGAUAGUUAUAAUGGAAGCAUGGGAAUCUACGACGUCAUUGAUGCGUAUCGUCGGCUUACCAAUCGGUCACUCGAAAUCUCCAAACUCUACAACUUUUUUAAUCAGCAAAACAGUACGAACGCUACCGUUAUGACCAAUGGUGAGGAGAACGGUGCUUUCUUGUCCUUUGAACGAUUCUGCGCUGUGAUGGCUGAGCUUAGUACUGAUGGAUGUGGCAUGUGCAAUAUUGAAGCGUGGGCAACUCAAACAUUCACAACAAACGAACAUCCACAAUGUCCGACAUCACCAAACCAUCCGAACUGCUCCGCUGAUCAACUGCAAUUCAGCUCGCCACCGUCCACAAAUAGCGAGCCGUUGUAUGAUGUUUUCCUAGGUGGUAGCCUAUUAACUGGCACAAAAUGGCGGGAGAAUAUUGCUAUUCCUUUACUUAAAAAGAACGGAAUUCGGUAUUAUAAUCCAGUACUUAGGGAUGAGAACUCGGGUAGUACAGAAGAUGUUUCCAAGUGGCGCCAAAAGAUAAGUCAGUGUAGGGUUGCCUUGUUCGUUAUCACAAACGAUACUAGGUCGCUCGCCAGUAUGAUUCUGGCAGCCCACUAUAUCGGUAUUGGCAAGGAUGUUGUAUUGAGCAUCGAACAGUUGAACGGUGAUGACUGUGUAGUAUCUAAUGAAACGUUAACAAAAACUGCGAUAAAGGACUACAAUCGGGCGCGCGCAUACCUACGGGACUUAGCCGAGCGACGCCAAGUCCCUGUACUAGAUAACGUGGAGGAUGCCAUCCGUACGCUAGUGCCAAAACUGUCAAAAAAUUGACCUAGUAAAAAAAGGAAGCAAAAAGCAUCACCAUGCCGACUAGAUAGUGAGUGUUUUAUAGUAAAUUGAGUAGCGAAAUUUUCUCUUCCGUGGAUUUCUCUCUCUAGUUUUUGUAUUUAUUUUCGUAAAACGGUGCUCUGUCUCUGUUUUCUCGCCACUAUAGGGGGGCAAAAACGAAACACUGGCAGCUACGCUUUAGAUUUAAUUCUCCAUGAGACUUUUUCUAUCUUGGAAAUGUCUUAUCGAUCUAACUUAAUUAUUUAUUAUUUUUUGAACGUAUGUAUGUUUUAACUGUUUUUUCUAAAACUUUUUUGUUAACUAGUUUAUACUUAGAAUUUUUUUCAAUGGUAGUGUGUCUUAUUGGAGUGCGUACAUAAACGUUUGUUAUUUUGCUUGCUUAGAGAAGUCGUGUAUUUUAAUCGUGGUUUUAAGUUCGUUUUUUAUGUUUUAACCAUAUAACUAACAAUUUUUUAAUAAUAGCAAAUGAUAUACUGGGCCGGGCAAAAGGUAAGCUAUUUGGUUGUUUCAGAUAUACUUUUUGCCCCUUUCCCGGGUUAAUUUUAAAAUAUGAAAAUUAAAAUGCGCGACUUUUUUUAGCAUCUCGUAUUUAGGUGAUUUUAAAGUGGUAAUUAUUAACGUAACGGUUGGUUAAAUUGUAAUAGAACUAGAAAAUCGACAUUAUUCAUUUUUACGACUUGAUCAAGUAUUAUUUUCUUUUAACUUUUCUUAGUAUAAGUUCCUUAUCUUGUUUUGGAGAUCUGUGAGCACUAAGAAAAAUCACUAAAUAACUGUCACAAUGACUCUUUGAAUUAUUAUAAUACACUUUUGGCAACAUCGUAAUGGUACAGAGAAUCUCAUUUUGACUUUUUAAACUCUUCUUGUCAUCUUGAUAGCCAGAGGUUAACUUCAAUAUAUCACAAGGAAGAGUACUUUUUUUAAUACAAACUAUGUAAGUAUAUUAAAAAUUAUUGCAAUUUCUGUUACUGAUACGAUAACAAAGAGUUUUGAAGGGCUAUUAAGAAAUUAUCAUAACUUACGAAAAGGCUUUUUGCUUUUUUGUAUGAGAUAAUAUCCUUCGGAAGCAAUGCACUGAUUUCUGAACUUUUCGGUUGCCUCCUGACACUUAUCGAUCGAAAUGCCGGUGAUUUUCUCUCUAACGGGUCUCUACGGAUCAUCAGUUUUUCCAGCUUGUGAGGAAAACAUUUUGCUUGAAAUAUCCUCACAACAAAAAGUGCAAACGCACAAAUCCGGUGAUCUUGCUGGCCAAACCUCAGAGAGGCGAGGCGCUCAAGAAACACCUACCGCACUUUUGUCAUUGAUAUUUGCGGUCCGUGACCUAAGGCCCAACAAGAGGUACUCAAAUAUAUAGACCUUGAGCUCGUUCUUCAGCUUACCGUUUCAAUUCCUCAAGGAAAAGUUUUUUAAGCAUUCUUACGUUUUCGAAGAACUGAAAUUAUAUAAUAUUAGAAAGGAAAAAUUCGCCAUUUCGAUCAACGUGCCGGAACACAGCUAAAAAUGAUACAAAUCGCCUCUAUGAGUUUAUUAUAAUUGAGUCACUAAAGCGCAGGUUUAUUUGAUCCCUAUUAUCGAGGCAUUUAUAACUUUAUCCGUUCCAAAAAAUCCAGAGGCCUCAAAUCUGAAUAUCUGUAAAGCCAGUUGAUCUAACAGUUGAAGAUAGUACUAAUUAUCGGUGUUUUGAAUUUGAGGAGCAUGGCAUUUUUGAGUUACGGUGCUGAAUUUCCCUGAUAAAAAAAAUUAAAAUGAAUUGUAGUUCAUAAAUGUAGAAAGCGUUUUAUUGCAACUCUAUUUAAUUGUUAAUAAUGCGAAAAAAAUAGUUAGUAGCCAUUUUUAGGUUUUUAUAGGAUAUAAUUUUUCAAUUAUUACUGUUUAGUUAGUUAUUAAAUAUUUUAACGCAGACAUUUAACGACUAUUAUUUUAUUAAAAUUUUCUACGAUUUCUAAAAAAAUCAUUUUAUUUAGGGUUUAAUUGUAUUUAGUCUAAAUUGUGUUUAUUUAUAUUUUAAUUUUCGAACGUAGCUGUGAUUACUAUAAGUGCAUAAAGAGGAUUAUAUUAUUAGGCUUCUCUUUAAUUUCAAGAUCUGAGGAGGAUUAUCAUAUUUUUUUUUAUUUAUCUUAAUAUUCAUUAAAUAUUAUUUAUUCACUAAAUUCAAAUGUGGGGUAUUAGAAACAUAAAGAUAUCUUAAGGAAUAUUUAAAUUCGUAAUUCGUAAUUUAUCGUAAGGAAUUUUUAAAUUCUUUUAAGUAUUACUUUAUUACAAUAUUACAAAUGUGAUAGAUCAAAAGAUAUAAAUAUUUACGUCUUUAAAUGUGCUUUAAACCUUGAAUUUGUAGGCUCAGAACUUCAAGAGAGAAAAACAUGCAUAUAUCAAUAAUGAAUAAAUUAUAAUAAUUGAAAAAUUAUAUUAUUAAAUGGAUUAUUCCAGGAUUACUUCACUAAUUUUACUUCAAAAUCUGAAGAUCGAACUUUAUGUAAAAAAGCAAUUUAGUUAUAUAAAAAAAUAUUUUUAAAAUACUAAAAGUAAACUUUUUUUCCACAGUAACAGGAAAAAUUUAUCAAAACUUCAUUACUUUUCAACAGUUUUCAAAAUGUGUACCUCUGGAUCGUUACAACAUUGGAAAAAAAAUUAUUAAUAAAUAUUUUAAUCUGAUUUUGAGAUAUGGGGCAUCGUAACACUAAAAUCCGUAGCAUGUUGUUACAUUUAUCUUAGUUUGCAAAUUAACCAACCGUUACAUUUUUAACUUACCUACAAUCUGGCUCAAAGCCCUGGCAACUCCAUUACAAAUUAGUCCUAAAACUUACCACUAAUCUUUUAAUGUAAAUAAUGGUUAUUUGUUGUUUCGUAACCCGUAGUUAUACAAUUUAGUCUGUCACAUUUACUAUAUUAUAAUUGAUAUUGAUAAAACAAAAUAUUUUUAUAUAUAAUAGUUCUAUGUUUUCACGAUGUUGGUUCUUUAUCAUGUACCUACGUAUUUUUUUUUCUAAAUAUGUUUCACACUCUAGGUUUUUAGGGAUAAUUUAACUGAGAAUAAGGAAAAAAACCAAGAGUGAUUACAUUUUUGUGUAUUUAUUUAUAUUUAUGAGAAUUCGGUAUUUUAGACAAAAAUUUAAUUUUCGUCUAAAGAACUGAAAAAGUCAGCUAAAUAUAGUUCCUUUCAAGUACGGUCUGUUACUUAACCGAACAUUAAUGAAGUUUCGAAAAUACGUACAUAAAUGUUACUACAUUAAUUAUUAAUAUUGAUAUUAUGUGUACUAAUCCAUCACAAAGUGUUUGUCACAUUUUGUAUACAGAAUUAACGAGUAUUUAUAAAUAAUAAACUGUUCUUAUUUACAAUUUAUUGUCACUGUUUUUAUUUUUCUUUUUUGAUUGAUUUUAUUCAAAGAGUAUUUUAUAAGUAAUUUGGAACCAAACGAUUCAUAUCUAAAUGAUAUAUUAUAACCAUUAACAGAUUUUAAAAAUUGGCAGGAUGAACAAGCUUACAUUUCCGACAGAUUUAUAUUAUACCAUCAAUAUAAUGAACUAGUAUUGGUAAAUUGAUUUUGAAUAUAGAAAUAAACAAAAAGCGGAAUCAAAUAUCUUCCUAUUGAGAUGGAUACAAAGUCAAUAAGUCUUAGAGAAAAGUUUAAAAAGUCUGGGGAAUAGGGUGAGUCGCCUAUCAUCAAUUUAAACUUGAAUUUCUCAAUUUUAAUUUCUUUUGCUGUUUGUUAAGCCUUCAAAUUAUAAAUUUUUAACCACUGCUCUAAACUCGUUUUUUGCCAUUUUUUUAAACAAAGACAAGUUCAACCUCAAUAGACGAUAAAAGCUCCAUCAAUAUGGCUACAAUGUCCGUUUAGUAUUCCCGUUUUCUACUAUAGCUCUAUUCUUAGGAAAAAAAUAGAAUAAAUACUAGGUAUAUUUUUCAAUUAUAGUUUGCCAUUAUCUGAAAUAAUUUUUAAUAUUCAUCCCUAAAUUAUUUCUAAUUUUCCAUAAGUUGUUUCCAAAUUUGCUUUUUUAAAUGGUCUUUUGCCGCAUAUUAAUUGUUUAAUAAUAAUGCCGAUAUUAUUUUUACAUUUUCGUAUCAUAUAUGUAUAUAUCGACCUAAAGCGAAACUAAAUUUGCAUCAAAAUAAAUCAAGCCGUGAGAAAGAUAUAGCUAUUAUGGAACAGUUGAUAUUUACUUGGCAACAACUUUUGCAACAUUUAAAAUAAUUCGGGAUAAAUACUAAAUGUUAAUUGCCUUCAUUUCACAUAAAAAGGUUAAUUCAUUCCAUUUAAAAACCAUAAAAAUGUACCUUUUUUGAUAUGCUGCACACCAAAAAAAUGUAGCAAUAAAAAUGCGAUAGAGAAGACAGGAGUAUUAAAUGUAAAACGACUAGUAUCCAUUAGGAUAAUACAAUCUAUAGUGCAACAAGAUUUUUAUUAAAAGGAAAGAAUCAACGAUUACUUAUUAAGUCCAUUAAAUGGUUCCAAAUAAUUUAUAAAAAAUAUAAGACGGUUAAGAAUGUACUUAAAACAAUAACUUCAUACUGAAUAAACAAAUAAGGUUUCUUCUGGCACACAGAAAUAUUAUAAUAGACAUUUUCACAUUUAAAAAAAAAAAAGCUUGAACAAUAUGCAACCCAAUUUGUUCUAUGUUAAGUAAUAUUAGCUAUUAAGUAUUUUUGGGACGGGUUACUUUGUUAAAAACUUAUACACAAUAUGGUUAUUUUUUGUGAUUCUAAAACUUGCUUAGUUUGUUUUGUUUAAGCCAAGUAAAGUUGUUGGGGUUAUUCUUGAUAUUUACCAAUUGUGUCAGCGUAUUUUACCAGCGUUUAAUUAAUGUUUUCUUCCAUUUACAGAAGAAAUUAUUUAUAUUAUUUACUACCUACCAUUUUUAUUAUUAUUUCAUUUAUAUAUAUUUCUAGUUAAAUUGUACAGUGUUUUUAAUACGAUUGCUAAAAAUGUAAGUACCAUUUUUACUAAAACUGACUAAAGCCGUUGAGACUCGUUCGUUAAUUGCUCAUAAAAAUAUCUAACGUUAUCCAGUCAUCACAAAUAUGAUAAUUUAUUCGUUUAUGCUUUAAAAUAUCUUAAGCACAAUAUACUUUAUAUAUAGCUAGACUAAGUAUACUUCAAGGUUAGGUGAAUAUCAUCAGUGAAUUAAAUACAUAUUUUUUGUAAGUUCUAUUUAAUUCAUUGUGAAUCAUUCACCCUUAGAAUGAAAGGUUUGGGUAAACUGCCAUUAUGAUUGGUUUGAAGAACUACGGUGAAGAAAGGGUCGAAUUAUAAACUGGUUUGAAAAGAUUUUGUACCUGAAUUAACUAUUCGAAGUUGGUUAAAAUAACUAUUAUAGUAUAGGCAGCCCCUUUAGCUUUUUAGUAAUAUUUACUAAGAGAAGGAACUAGCAGAAUCUCUUAGGUAAUACUUAUAGUACGGUAAAUAUUAAUUUAAACUAAUAAUACUAAUGUCUAAAAUAACAAUUUUUAUUAAAAAAAUUAAAAAUCUUAUCAGCGCGGUUAGAAAAAUUGAAUAUUACUAAGGUGUAAUACUGUACUCUUAUUGGCUAUAAAUGUUAAAAACAAAUAAAUUAAAAGGGUUACCUAAUCCAAGUUACAUUUUGAAACGAGGUUACUGUUAGGCUAAUUUUACUGUAUAUUUUUAGCACUUACAUUUACUUUAUUAUCGUAUUUAUUUAUCUUUUUUAAUGUACAAUUAAAAAAUUACUAAAAAAUAUAA